AUGCCGUUUCCAAGCCGCGGAUGCCGCACUUGCAAGCGGAGGCGUGUGAAGUGUGAUGAAGUACGUCCAAUCUGCAGUCGAUGUCAAAAAGCAAAUCUCACAUGCGAACAAGUUGAAAAUAGCAACUUUAUUUUUUUGAACGAAAACGAGUUCGUGAUCGGUCGGCUCAAGCGCCCUCGCGGGCCCAAUGUGAGUGCUAGAUCCGAGUCCAAAGCUGGAGAGCGUGUCGAGAGUACUCCUUCAAAGAAUAAAACGAAGGGCUUGCACGUCUCUUCUGACAAUGCGGUUGAGGAUCUUGUAAGACGGGCCCUCGAGCCACAGAUAAAUAUUACACCGACUCAUGAGGUUUCCUUGGACCAGUAUGCCGUGUUUCAUUACUACCGGAACUUCCUUCAGAUGGAGCACAUUAUCCCUGGUAUUGUAGACAGCCACUUGAAACACAUCAUGGCUGGUUGCUGCUUCUCUCAACCGCAAUCUGUCCUCGGUCAUGCGAUAUUCGCGGUUUCCUACGCUACAUUUGCGCGGGCCGAGAAAAGUUAUUCCGCCUUAACUCGGGGAGCGACCGCGUACUUGAGGGCCCUGAUGAAAACGAAGAUGUUGUUAUGUAAUGCCAGCUAUGCAAAGGACGAUGAGGUCCUCCUUGCUGUAAUGCUUUUAAGCUUUUAUGAGAACGCUGCGAUGGACUCGCGCGCACCACCUGUUUCCGGUCUUGUUCUCCUAAAUUUAGUUUCACGAAGCUUUGCGCACCAUGAUGGCGCUUUGGCCUUACUCGGCCUGCGACGGAAGCAAAACCAGCGAACCAAAUGUGGUCUGGGGUUGGACAAAGUGGUCCGCCGGCAACUUUUGAGAUCGCUACUCCUACGGAGCUCCGCUCCACCGUCAUGGCUUGCGGAUGGUGCCGAGUACGGAGAGGUCGGAUCGUUGCUCGAACUGGAUCGUUGUACGGUGGAAGUUUCGAAGAUACGCGAGCGGGCAAAGAAUCUACUUCUGCUUUCCCCAAUAUAUUCACCAGUAGACUGGUACGGUAAAACGACGAUUUUGAACCAACUUCUGGAAGAUGCUUGGGCGACGGAUGCUCUUUUGGUCUCCUGGACGAAUAAUCUGCCGAUGCAGUAUUUGUACAGCACCGUCGCAAUACAGAACAACUGGUCCCACAUCAAGCUUUUCGAUCGCACUGCUGUUCACAUAUAUCCCACUGUCGGCCAAGCAGCAAUGUGGAACCGUUAUCGUGCAAUUCGCCUCGCUCUGAACGAGGUCAUUCUAAAGAUAUUAUCUAUCCUAGACGAAAUCACAAAUUCUGUCGGCACAACUGAGUCCCUGGCAGCAGCUGUCAAACUGACAAUCAAGCGGAUGUCAGAUGAUCUCUGCAGAAGUGUGCCGUACAUGUUAGGGAUAUUUGAAGCGAUGGCUGCAGCUGGCCGUGACGCUGCUGUCAUCACCAACGUUCCGGCUUCAAGGAGAAUAACCGUAAAAGCUACCACGGGGGCACUUCUCUGCUGGCCGCUGGCUAUGACGGCAAUGAUGUGCGCAAUAAUACCUGACAAAAACCUGCAAUAUCUAAGGGUUUGCAUGCUGGAAGUAAGCGAGGUUGUCCAUGACGGUGUGCUCGAAAGGAUGGCAGCUGCUUUUCCGCAAGAACCUACUCCUGUGGGUGGGCGGUGA